UGUAUGUUACAACGUUAUGUUAGAUUUGUACUUUGAUAUACUUGUAAAUUCGUUGACCGCAUUAUUAAUCGAAUAGCAAUGGUACCAAUCGCAAAAAUAAUAUCGUGAUUGCCAAUUGGUAAAUAAAAACAUCCCUAUCAAGCAUAAACAUGGCCUCGCGGUAUAAUCACGGUGUUCAGCGAGUUUUAGCAAAAUUAGAAGCAUCUAUAAAUUCAGAAAAUUAUUAUGAAGCUCAUCAAAUGUACAGAACUUUAUAUUUCAGAUAUCUCGGACAGAAGAAGUAUGCAGAAUUAUUGGAAUUAUUGUACAAUGGAUCUUUACUUUUGUUACAGCACGAACAGCAUGUUAGCGGAGCCGACUUAGGAAUUUUAUUAGUAAAUGUUUUAAUACAAUCAGAGUUACAACCAUCAUCGGAAUAUUUCGAAAAGAUAACACAUCUAUUUAGUUUAAUGAGCCCGUUCUCUCCCGAAAGAGAAUCAUUUGUACAGUCGGCUCUUCGAUGGAGUACAAAAGGUACAAAUCAUAAAACUGGAGAUCCUGAAUUACAUCAAAGAAUGGCACAAGUAUUUUGGAGAGAGAAAAAUUAUUUAAUGGCUAAACAACAUUUCAUACAUAGUAAAGAUGGUUCUGGAUGUGCCGCAAUGUUAGUAGAAUUACAUGAACAACGUGGAUAUUCAAAUGAGAUAGACCUUUUUAUAGCCCAAGCAGUUUUGCAAUAUCUUUGUUUACAAAAUAAGAAAACUGCACAGGAAGUAUUUAAUUCUUAUACUUCUCGACAUCCAAAAAUAAAUAGCGGUCCACCAUAUCUUCUUCCUUUAUUGAACUUUCUAUUCUUCUUAUUAAAAACAAUUGAUAGCGGUAAAUUAGGAGUUUUUACAGUUCUUUGCGAUCAAUAUCAGAUAUCCUUGAACAGAGAUCCUUGUUAUCGUCAAUAUUUAGAUAAAAUAGGCCAGUUGUUCUUCAAUGUUCCACCACCACGUCCUCGUAAUACUGGAUUAUUUGGAUCACUUUUGCAAUCAUUUUUUAAUGGUUUAGAAGAAGAGGAUUCAGACGAUGAACAGCGAAAUAUAGCAUCGACGUCGCACGCGACACAAGAACUUGACUGAUUAAAGAUAUUUUCAGCUCCUGUAUCUCCUCCAUCUCAUAUGCCUGCAAUCGUAAAAUUUUAAAAGAAGUGAUGCAGUAUAGAUUUCAGGAAACAUUAGAUGCAGAAGCCUUAGGUAUGAAAGUAUGUGGGGGAAGAAUAUCGAAAGGAUUUUUAAAAAUAUUUGUGGCAUGUAUAUACUGAAUUCAAAAUAGCCCCUAAAAUAAUCUGUUUUACAUACUAAUAUUCCAGUUUUAAAGCAGUUUUAAAAGGACAAUGAUUAAAUAUACACGUGAUUAUGAAAUAUUAAUUAUCUAGUUACACAAAAUAAAUUUGCAUUAGCUGUAAUGAAUUCAGCAGAUAUAGGCUAAUAAAAAAAAAACCGAGUAAAAAAAGCUCGAUAAUGAAUAUACCAUUAACAAUAAUGUCCUAUUUAUCAUACAUAUAAUCACUAAAGCAUGUAUUUGCGCGUAAUUGUUAGAUCAAAGAUUUAUUUUAUAUAAGCUACAUCGCAAGACAAAUAAACCUGACGUAAUCGUAACAUUGUAACUUCCGACAUAAGAUUCUUAAUGCAUUCGCUCGUAUAAAUAUUGAGUGUAAAUUGUAAUUUGUAGUUGCAAGCAAUAUACUUAUUUAUUUUAAUCUGCCAUUACACAAAAAAAAAAUGGAACUUUUACAAUUAACACUAAUCUAAUGUGUUGCAUCGUAAGUUAAGGGAAAAACAAAAAAAAAAAAAAAACAAAAAGAAGAAAAAAAAAAAAUAACAA